GAAUCUCGGCGCCGCCCGACCAACCAGCCCAUGGCUCCAGGCCGGCCUGGCGAACUGACUUACCCCGCAGCUGGGCUAAGCCUGGCUAGGAGCCGGGUGGUUACUCAAGCAGUGGGCGCCCGGGGUCCGAGUGCUCUGCGCCCAGCGCACCGAGGGAGCCAAGGCCGUCCGGCCGGCGCUUUCCGCUGUCUUUAGCAGCAGCUCUGGGCCGCGCCUCCUGGGCUGGCGUCGUGCCCGGGCCAAGGAGAAGGUGGGCACCGGAACGUGGCCGCAGCGCCUAUCUGUGAAGCAAGUAUUAAACCUCAGAACAGGGGCCGUGCGGCGUAAGGCAGGAGAGCAGAGCGGAGGUUUCAGGGAGCUUGGUUUGCCCUCCACACUCACAAGAGUCAGUCGUUAGUUGCUACACAGCUGUAUCUGUCCCACCCCUUGACUGGCACUCCUGGGGUAAUAAAAGCCCGCAGGAAAUGCUUGGGAAGAAAAAUUGCUGGGGAUGAAGAGUGAAGAGAAUUAGGGAAACUCGAUGAAGAAGGAAGACUGAACCAUAAAAGGACAAAUAAAACUCACUGUCUCUACCCUCCUUCCUUCCCUGAGACCUUUGACCUUUUGCCUUUUCUACCUCUUCCUCACUUUCAGCCACAUGUCAGACUUUUUCUUAAUUACAAACUGAUAAAUUGUCUAUCUCAACUAACGGUAUUGAGGCUGUAAGAGCAUCAGAUUUGAAACAAAUCUGUAUUAAUGAAGAGUGACUGCAUGCAGACCACAAUAUGUCAAGAAAGAAAAAAAGAUCCCAUAGAAAUGUUUCAUUCUGGACAGCUGGUAAAAGUCUGUGCCCCAAUGGUUCGAUAUUCAAAGUUGGCUUUUAGGACACUAGUAAGAAAAUACAGUUGUGAUCUGUGUUAUACACCAAUGAUAGUUGCCGCUGAUUUUGUCAAAUCUAUAAAAGCCAGAGACAGUGAAUUUACCACAAACCAAGGUGAUUGCCCAUUGAUUGUUCAGUUUGCUGCUAACGAUGCAAGACUUUUAUCUGAUGCUGCUCGUAUAGUCUGUCCUUAUGCGAAUGGAAUAGACAUUAACUGUGGUUGCCCUCAGAGGUGGGCAAUGGCAGAAGGUUAUGGGGCUUGCUUAAUAAACAAGCCAGAGCUUGUUCGAGAUAUGGUGAAACAAGUAAGAAAUCAAGUGGAAACCCCUGGAUUUUCAGUUUCUAUUAAAAUAAGGAUCCAUGAUGACCUUAAAAGAACGGUAGAUCUUUGUCGAAAGGCUGAAGCAACAGGAGUUUCAUGGAUUACAGUCCAUGGAAGAACUGCUGAAGAAAGACAUCAGCCAGUGCACUACGAUUCCAUUAAAAUAAUUAAGGAAAAUAUGUCUAUACCUGUGAUUGCUAAUGGAGACAUCAGAAGCUUAAAGGAAGCAGAAAAUGUGUGGCAGAUUACUGGGACAGAUGGUGUGAUGGUUGCAAGAGGACUCUUAGCAAACCCGGCCAUGUUUGCUGGAUAUGAGGAAACCCCACUGAAAUGCAUCUGGGACUGGGUUGAUAUUGCUCUUGAACUCGGGACUCCUUACAUGUGUUUCCAUCAACAUUUAAUGUACAUGAUGGAAAAGAUAACUUCAAGGCAGGAAAAAAGGGUAUUUAAUGCUCUGUCAAGCACGUCAGCAAUCAUAGAUUACCUUACAGACCAUUAUGGCAUUUGACUAGACUUCCCAAAUAAUGUUAAUAUAUACUUUUAGACCCACAGUGAAACCACAGGUCAUAUUUUGUACCUUAAACUAGUAGCUCCCAAAUUUUAGUAUAAAAACAAUCCCUGGGAGCAUUUUUUAACAAUCAGUCAUAGACCCCACCCUCAGAGAUUCUGAUUCGGUAGAUCUGGGGUAGACCCAGAAAUGUGCAGUUUAAAGAAAACUCCCGGUAGUUCAGACAUCCUCAUCAUCCUAGGCAAACACUGACAAAUACUGCUCUGAGUACUGUUAUAUAGAUAUUAGGGGGAUGGGAGUGGGAAUUUUUUCCUAAAGGAAUCAUGUUUUAUCAUGUUUUUAACAUUUUAAAAUAAAAUUUAUUUCAAUACUAAGAAAGUAUGGCUCAUGGUAUCUAUAAGGUAACAAGAAGUAUGCAGGUGCAAAAAAGUGGUGGAACAAAUACCAACAUCCAUCCAAAAUGAAAAAGAACAGGAAAUUCUGAAUAGAAUUGCACUCAGAACUUAUCUUAAAAAUUCCAAUUGGUUAAUGACAUUAAAUUUGGUACAUUUCAAAACUUCUAGCUCCUCCAAAGAUUGAAAGCUUAAUAAAUAAUACCUGCUACCUAAAAAGAUAAAAUUAACUGCAAUCUACCAUAUCUUAAGUAUAGGAAAUUUGAUAGCCAAGCUGGAGAUGAUUAUAUAUUUGAAAUAUUUCCUAGAGAAUAGUAACCAGGUUUUGUUUUUAAUUUUAAAACCUAAUUUUCAUACUCUCUGUUUAAUGAUAUUACUUUUAUGCCUCUCAGCAGUUGAUUGUAACUUUAAAGUCCCAUGGUUUGGGAGUGUUAUUAAUAGAUUUUGUUACCGGUGGGCAUGCACUGCAAGAAUUAAGUAUCUCAGACUGAAAUAAAACAGUUCGUAAUUAAAGUAUUAUUUAUUUUGCCAACA